CAUUUUUGUAAUUUAUAAAUUCUCAUACCAUCCUCUUCUUUGAUCUCUCUUUUUCUGGGUCUUCAACAAAAAUUUUCACCAUUUUCACCCAAAAAAAAAAAAAGUUUAGGGUUUUGCAAACAUAACACACACAUACAAUACAUAUAUAAAUAUAUAUAUACACAUAUAGGAGCUUCUUCAAAGGUACGUUUCCUUGUUCUGCCAUUUUGCCCUAAUUUCCACAAUUCAUUUCAAAGCUUCAAUCUUUUUCUUCCAUCUUCCAAUUGAUCCAGUCAAAAAUUUUAAAUUGUGGGUAUAUAUAUUUUUAGAUAGGGUUUGGAAAUUUUUAUUUAUUUAUUUAUUUAUUUAUUUUGACUUUGUUAUUGUUUAUCAGGUGGUGUGUGUUAAUGACACUGUGAAUUUUAAUUCUGAUUAGUGGGGUACUGUUUUUUUUUUUUUUUUUUUUUGUAUGAGUUUGAGAAAACCCAAAUUGGGUUUUUCUUUUUUUGCUUUUUUUAUUUGGGGGUUUUGUAUUAUAGAGCAAAAGGUUUGUUUGUUUUUUUUUUGGUUGAGAAAUGGAGGGUUAAGGGUUCAAUUGUAAUGGUGGGGUUGCAUUGUUAGAGGGAUUGAAGGUGGUGGUGGGUUCUGUUGGUGGGGGAAUUGGGAAUUGGGUGAGGAUGACCGAUUUUGAACCACUGCAACAGAAACCGGAAUCCACUGAUGCCUGCUCUGAUUUUGAGCGUGGAUUGGAGGAAUUCAUGCGUGGGCACUUGGAUGAAUGUAUGUCAUUCGCUUCGUGUAGCUCUGCACGGACUCCAGAUGAUGAGGAUGAUGAGGGUGGUGAUCAGCUCGUGAGGAGGAGGAGGAGGUCUGCUUUGGAGGGUGAUGAUUUGGCAGAGUCUUCGGCUGCAAGGCAUCGCCACUCUCGUAUUUUGAGUAGGUGGGCUGCCCGCCAGGCGCAGGAGAUGAUAACCACCAUUGAGAGGAGGAAUCGGGAGUCAGAGUUGAUGGCUCUCGCGGGUUUGCACACUGUUUCGAUGCUGGACUCCUCCUUUUUGAGGGAGUCGCAGUCCCCGACCUCUAGGCGGCAGGGGGCUGUGGAGAGGCCGAGCACUCAGGCAUCUACGAUUUUGCAAAUGUGGCGCGAGUUGGAGGAUGAGCAUUUGUUGAGUCGGGCUCGUGACAGAGUGAGGGAGAGGUUGAGGCAACGGAGGAGUGUUGAGGACUCUAAUACUAAUAUGUCCAGUACAAACAUGUCAGAUAGUCGGGAGAGUGAGAUUCAGGGGAGUUUGGGAGACGUGAGUGAGAGUGAAAAUGACUUUGGCAGUUGGGCCCAUGAUCAGAUGGGGUUGCAGAAUGAACGUGUGGAUAAUAACAGGUCUAGUAGGGAGCAAUCUCCCGAUCUUGGCGAUGUUGAGAGGGAGAGAGUGAGGCAAAUAGUUCGGGGCUGGAUGGAGAGUGGCAUUAGUGAGCCUUCUUCAAAUGUUGCUCAGAGGAACAAUAGUCCCAGAUCAGAAUGGCUUGGUGAAACAGAGCGUGAAAGGGUGAGAAUUGUUCGGGAGUGGGUGCAAAUGACAAGUCAGCAGAGAGGAGCUCGUGGGAGCCGGCGGGAAGAUCAGCCCACUGGACCUGGUGAUCAGGUGGAUCAAGUUCGUGAUGGGUUGGUUACUGACCAUGAUGAAGGCCAACCUGAGCAUAUCCGUAGGGAUAUGCUGAGGUUGCGUGGAAGACAGGCUCUACUUGAUUUGCUUGUGAGGAUUGAGAGAGAAAGGCAGAGGGAACUUCAGGGUUUGUUGGAGCAUCGGGCUGUCUCAGAUUUUGCUCAUCGCAACCGCAUUCAGUCACUACUUAGAGGCAGAUUCUUGCGAAAUGAAAGACCUGUUGAAGAGGAGAGACCUCCUUCUAUGGCAGCGAGUGAGUUAGUUCAGUUGAGACAACGACAUACUGUUUCUGGUUUAAGGGAUGGAUUCCGCUCCAGAUUAGAAACUAUUGUUCGUGGUCAAGUAGGCAGCCAUUCCGAUACCACAUCUAACAAUAAUGUCAAUGAUUCUAGAAAUGAUCGGACUCAAACAAACUCUUCACAGGACAUCCAACAUGAAAAUCAUGAACAAUUACAGUCCAGGAGUCAGGAAAGUGACGUCAAUCAGUUGCCUGAUCAAACAGUGAACUUGGAAACCCACAGAGGUGUUGAGAAUAUAACUUGGCAAGAAACUGCUAAUCAAGGAGGGGAUUGGCAGGAACAAAUUACUGAAGAUGAGAGAGCAAACUGGCAACAGACAACCUAUGGUCAGUUUAACGGGUGGAGAGAUGACAAUGUUGAAGAUAUGGAUACAAAUUGGCAAGAAAACUCAGUCAAUGAUUGGACUCAGGAACCUUUAAGGAAUACAAGUGGGGAGGAGGGGCAUCGACAAGAAGCUCAAGGGGUUUGGCGUGAGGAUGGCUCUCGGGAAACUGUUGAAAAUUGGUCAGAAGGGCCUUCUGCUCCUCCAAGAAAUCGUCGUGCUGUUCCAUUUAGAAGAUUCAAUAGAUUUCAUCCGCCAGAUGAUGAUAAUGUGUACAGUAUGGAACUCCGGGAACUUUUGAGCAGGAGAAGUGUUUCUAAUCUUCUUCGUAGUGGGUUCCGUGAAAGUCUGGACCAAUUAAUACAGUCAUAUGUGGAGAGGCAGGGUCGGGCUCCCAUUGACUGGGAUUUGCAUAGAAACUUACCUACACCAACUCCUACUUCACCUGAGCGGGAUCAGGAGCAGAGGGAUGACCAGAAUGAGGAUCAACGUGAUGCCAUUAACAGACCUUCUCUUGUUCUACCAUCUCCACCAGUGCCCCCUCCACAGCCGCUUUGGCACCAGGACUUGCAUCACACUGGCUGGUCUCGUCAUAGCAUGCAUCGCUCAGAAAUGGAAUGGGAGAUGAUUAAUGAUCUGAGGGCAGACAUGGCAAGACUUCAUCAAGGCAUGAGCCACAUGCAGAGGAUGUUGGAGGCCUGCAUGGAUAUGCAACUAGAGUUGCAGCGUUCUGUCAGACAGGAAGUCUCUGCGGCUCUGAAUCGAUCAGCUGGUGAAAAAGGCUUGGGUGCUGAGACAUCAGAAGAUGGGUCUAAAUGGGGUCAUGUGAGGAAAGGAACUUGCUGUGUUUGUUGUGAUAGCCAUAUUGAUUCACUCUUGUACAGAUGCGGGCACAUGUGCACUUGUUCAAAAUGUGCAAAUGAGUUGGUUCGUGGUGGAGGAAAAUGCCCAUUGUGCCGAGCGCCAAUUGUUGAGGUGAUCCGAGCAUACUCCAUACUGUAAAAAGAAAGGUUUACAAGAAAAAGAAAAAAAGAAGAAUAAAAAUUAUGAGUAAAAUGUGCGGUGAGAUCUGAGGGAGUAAAUGUCAUUUCACUUGCAUCAAAUGGAAGCUCUUGAGGUUCUUGUCUUGUCUGUAGAGUAGUAGAGUGUUUUAGUAAUUGCCAAUGUUUUUCUGAUUAUAUAUGGAACAUCAUGCAUUGUAUAAUUGGAAUAACAAAUGGCAUUGUUGAUUCAUCAUUCUUGCGUAAAUAAAAUGUCGAUUCUUUUUAUUUA